AAACAGGCUACAGUCCGCUCUGCCAGCUCAGCUGACAGCGGCGGCAGCGGCAGUACCCUGGCAGCCUAUAACCAUGGCAGACUCUGUAAGUAGCGAAGAAGUAGCCGUGAUUAAUAACACCGACAUCACUUCCACGGAAUCUGAGAACAACAUCAUAAAUACGAUGGUGGAAAGAGGGACCGCUCUGUUGCGGAAAGUGGAGAUAAAUGUGGCAGAGGCAGAGAAGAGAACAGGGAAGAACACUGUUAACAUGCAGGAAACCUAUUCUGUCUACCUCAUUGAAAUACGGCCUGCUGAAACAGAGGGAGGGACACCAGCGGCACCUGACACUUUGUGGAGACGCUACAGUGACUUUGAGCUUCUCAGAACAUACCUGUUGGUCACCUAUCCCUACAUCAUCAUCCCUCCACUACCAGAGAAAAGAGCCGAGUUUGUGUGGCACAAACUUUCAGCGGACAACCUAGAUCCAGACUUUGUUGAGCGGCGGAGAGUCGGCCUGGAAAAUUUCCUGUUGCGUGUUGCAUCACAUCCUGUCCUCUCCAAUGACAAAAUUUUCUUCCUCUUUCUCACAGAGGAAAAGGGAUGGAGGGAAGCAGUUUUGGAAACAGGCUUCCAAGACAAGGCUGACUCCAGGCUAAAGUCUUUGAGUGCCAUGUUCAGAGUUAAAAAUCCUGACAAGCGGUUCACAGCACUGAAACACUACAGUGAUGAACUGAACAGCGUCAUCUCUCAGCUACUCAGGGUUCGAGCGAGAGUAGCAGACAGACUUUAUGGGGUUUACAAAGUCCACGGUAACUAUGGCAGAGUUUUCAGUGAGUGGAGCGCUAUAGAAAAGGAAAUGGGAGAUGGACUGCAGAGUGCUGGACACCACAUGGACACUUAUGCUGCAUCAAUUGAUGACAUUCUGGAGGAGGAAGAGCACUUUGCAGACCAACUGAAAGAAUACCUCUUCUACACUGAUGCUGUCAGGUCAGUUUGCAGGAAACAUGAGUUGAUUCAGUAUGAGUUGGAGAUGGCAGCUCAGGACCUUGCCCAAAAGAAACAACAGAAAGAAGAGCUAGCAACUGGGACGGUGCGAAUCUUUUCUUUGAAGGGAAUGACCAGUAAGUUAUUUGGCCAAGAGAGCCCGGAGCAAAGAGAGAGCAGGUUAGCAGCCCUGGAGCAGAGUAUUCAGGAAGGAGAGGAAACGGUCAAGGAGAAAAACACAGAGUGCAAGGAGUUUAUGCGAACAGCUUGGGAAGACAUUGAACGUUUUAAGGAGCAGAAGGACAGAGAUUUGCGUGAAGCACUGAUAAGCUAUGCCAUUAUGCAGAUCAGCAUGUGUAAAAAGGGAAUCCAGGUGUGGUCCAAUGCCAAGGAGUGUUUCAGCAAAAUGUGAGCCACUUUCCAAACCGAUCGCACUUUGCACAAAAAAAAAAAAAAAAAAACCAACCCAGAUUGUACAGACAAGGACCAUCAGCCA